AUGGAAUCCACCGGCAACUCAUCCGUCUCCGGCGAUCGCAAAGCCAGCAAGAAGACCGUCGCCUCCUCUGUGACUGCGAAACCAAGCGGGAAGUCUCCUGUUUCGUCUACCAAUCCGAUGAACCCAAACACUGUUACCGCUCUGUCCUCCGCGCAUGCAAACCAAGUGAUGUUCUUCAGAGAUGUUUCACUCGGCCCACGCGAAGCCGAGUUGAGGUUUUGUCUGAUUCACUUAUGGGAGGCUCGAAAUAUAUACACGAAAACCCUGAUUGGACAAGAGAUGCUCCUUAUCGACGAAGAGGGAACUGUUAUUCAAGGUUUUGUUCCAGCCGGUAGAGUAGGGACAUUUGAUCUGGUAGCUGGUUCCGUCUAUAAGCUCAGAAAUUUUUUCGGAUCCAGGAACAAAGCUCAGUUCUCGGUUGCUGAUCAUAUCGCCAUCGUCUCAUUCAGUUGGAAUUCUGAUUUAUCCGUUCUUGAGAACCCUCCGGUUCUUAUUCCAGAAGACAGGUUCAGGUUCCACAGCUUCGAGGAGUUAUGGCCAACUGUGAUUCCAAGGGUGAUCUUUACGAUAAAUUGUGUUGGCCACAUGAGGCUGGUGAAUGGGCAGACUCUCACUGACCAUACUGUUCUUGACGAAGUUGCCAUAGCUGAGAAGCGGCAUCUAUGUGUUCAUGUUCAGACACAUGAUGGACCAGUGAUGAAGCUCUAUCUAUGGGAUAAUGCCGCAUCUGAGUUCUGCCAGAAAUUUAAAUCGUAUGGAAGGACCCCACACGUUCUUUUGGUCACCACAGUGAACCCUAAGCUUCUUGGAGGAACCCUUUGUCUCACUUCUAUGUCAUCAUCUCGAGUGUUCAUGGACGACGAUGUUCAGCCUAGCAAGGAUUACUUUGAAUGGUUGAGCUCCAACACAGGUAUUGCUAAUAGGAUUGCUGCUGAGGUAGUCACAAAGCAUGAGACAGUGACUCUUGAGGAGCUAUUCUCCUACAUUAAGCAGAAAGCUUCUAAGGUUGCUUGGUUUGAAUGCACAGCAACUAUAGAUGAUGUUGUCCAGGGUUCUUCUUGGUAUUACGUUUCUUGCGGUGGAUUUAAUAGUAAAGCAGUUAAAGGCCCUACUUCCCUGAUGUGCAACAACAAGAAGUGUGAGAAGAGUGAAGUCACGGGCGUCCCUCAGUACCUCACGAAGAUUUCUAUUUAUGAUAAGCGUGAGCAAGCAGUUUUUGUCAUCCUUGGUAAUGCCGGCAAGGAGUUGACUGGGAAACAUGCAGUAGAAUUGGUUGCUAAUUUCUUUGAGUCUAAUGAGGGAGCAGGAGCUGACCAUUACGUUCCGGUUCCGCAAGCUUUACUUGAUACAAUAGGGCAGACAGGGAAGUUCAUCGUGAAAGUGUCGGACCAUAACUUGAAAGGCAAGACUCAGACUAUAACUGUCACAAAGAUACUCCCACCAGAAGCUCCACUUCCAGCAAUGUCCGAUGAUAUUCCUACGACUAUGGGUGACGGAUCUGCUCCUUCCAGCGGCUAUGGAGAUCCUGCGGGUGAUAGGGCUAGAAAAGCUGCUGAUAGUCUUGAGUCAGACGAUGCCAAGCGUUUCCAAAGUGGCUAA